UGUCUGCCUGUCAACUAACCGGGCUUGACUGAUCGAGAUGUAAACCUAGCCAGGUUAUUGCCUUCGUCCACUAAAAUCUGACCUGCGCUUGCUGUCCUUGUGCAUCAGUGCUGGUCAUCAUUCAGAUAGUUACAGAUGGAAUUUCAUGACUUGAUGCGUUUUGAAUAGGACGAAGAGAUGUGUCUGAUAAGAUAUGUCCCUUUGAGAUCACAGAAUGAGAGCAGCAUGAAAUGCAAAGACAGCACAAGAAGAUACAAGAAUCUCACAAAUCCACAAAAAUCAGGUGCUUGGCACACUGAACUUACUGAUCUGUGUAGGAUUUGUGCUGUGGUCCAUUUAUUGAAGAUGUGAAACAACAUCAAGUCUGAGAUUGGAAUUACUGACUGACUGGAUGAAAUUUUAGUCCUUGUGAUGCACAUGGACAUGCUGAAUUAUAAGUAAUUCUAGCUUCUUCUCCCCUCCCCUCCCUUCCCCUCACUCAGCUAUCUCAGGGUUCAUAGAGAUUUCAAUGGUUUGUGUGCCUGUAAGUUUGGAACAGAAGUGACCAAAAAUGGGGGACCAGCAAUUGUAUAAAACUAAUCAUACUGCCAACAACAACGAGAACUUGUACUACGAACAACACCAAAUGAACUCCCUUCCAUCUCUAAAUCACAGCUAUGGGACAUCUGUUAUGGAUGCUCCCCAGGCAUCUCCCCUCUCCCCUCCAUUUCCCCAAGAUUCAAGGGACAGUAUAGCUUUGCCUGUAGGUUCAAAAAGUCUUGGGUCGAUGGAUACAUCUAGACAAACCGGUUGGACACAUUCUGGCUCAGGAAACCAUGUCCCAGCAAGGAACAGUUUCAAUAAUCAAAGCUCAAUGUGGAGCCCCCUCGGGCAGGGGGAGUCCCAUGACGGAUACCAAUAUUCUUACCCUCAACCCAGUGAAAACCGAUCGCAAAAAAUCACCAGUGGGGUCCUGCACAAAUUGGACUCCUUUACACAAGUAUUUGCCAACCAAAAUCUGAGAAUUCAAGUCAACAACAUGGCUCAGGUUCUGCACACCGAGUCUUCAAUGGUGGAUAAUUCUGGUGACAGUGCCCUCAGGCAGCUGCUCUCCCAGAAGCCGGCGGUUGAGCAACAACCGGUAACUUCCACCGUGCAAAGAUACCAACCAGUGCCACAGCAAACACACCAGAAUUUUGCAAGCACGCAGCAAAAGCAACAAAUGCAAGUCAUGCAGCACCAACAGUUGUACUACGACUACCAGCAGCACUUAUCACAGAUGCAGAUGCAUUCUGCGUUCCAGCAGGGACAGGCGCACGUUCCACAAAUGCAGUCCCAGCAGCUCCUGCCACAACAGAUGCAGCACUUGCAGCAGCCUCAGUACUACGCUCAGCCCCAGCAGGGACACCAGCGGCUCUCGAUCCAGGAGAUGCAGCAGCAGCAGCCAGCUCGGCAGCAGCGGCAGUGCCCGGUGCAGAUCGCUCAGUAUUACCCAACGCAACCUGUCAUGCAGCAGUUACAGCAGCAGCAGCAGCAGAUGCCAUUGCCGCUUCCUCCGUAUCACAGGGAACCCGAUCCAAAGGCUAUGCACGAACCGCACCAGUACUCUCAGGAUCCCAGUCAUCCUGUGCAGCUUAUCCAGUUGGGAGCAGUGCCUCAGUAUUGCUUCCAAGAUCCCCACGAACAGUACAGGCACCUGUACCCCCAGAGUUUACUGCAGCAGCAAGAGCAGCAGAAGCAAUACCUGAGUGAGAGCAGAGUGCCGUCCCACAUUGGCCUCACUCCACCAGAGACCGCCGAGGAUCCCGCACGGCAGGAGAUUAAUUCUGUAGGUAAUGCUGUCCCUCAUCGAACGCUUUUGCCGCCCUCGGGAGUUCAUCUGAACAACAAAAGCUCUCAGCAAGACUCUCCCAGCACCACGUGGCCUCAGCAGAUCCAACUGUCAGAUGGCAGACUGCAGCCACUGUCCCCAGAACAAAGCGGCCAGAACAGAGAAACACUUCCUGACAGAGCUGAUGCGAAGAACAAACUAAUGUGUUCAAUAUGCUUGAAGGAAUUUAAGAGUUUGCCGGCUCUAAAUGGUCACAUGAGGUCACACGGAGGAGUAAGAUCAUCUCCUAACUUCAAACAGGAUGAAGGAGAGAAACCACCACAGCAGCCGCUGCCUAAAGAGGUGGAUGGCCUCGCGCCCAUCGUCAUGCCAGUGUCUGUCCCUGUAAAGCUUCUGUCACCUGAGCCCAGCACGCAGCCCUCUGCCAGCACUGCCACAGUCACAGACAAGCCUGCCAGCUCUGUGUCAGAUGACGAGAUGCCCGUUCUCGUGAAGAUGACUUACUCUCCACCGUGCAGUCCAAAAGUGGCCAACCCCUGCUCAUCCUCUGAAACUAGCAAAAAACCUCAUCCAAGUGCUGUAAAAUUGGAAGAAAACUUCAAACCGUUGCAGGACAAGAAGAAGUAUCGGCAUAGACCCGAACCUCUCUUCAUACCUCCUCCUUCCUUCAACCUCAGCAUGUCCCACUCCGGUGCCACUCUGUACCAGAGCCAGCUUCGCUCUCCCCGUGUUCUGGGCGAUCACCUGCUGGACCGGACACACGAGCUGCCCCCCUACACUCCGCCACCGAUGCUCAGCCCCGUCCGGCAAGGCUCUGGUCUCUUCAGCAGUGUUCUCACUUCUCACAGCACAUCGCAUGCUCAGCUGCCACUUACUCCACUGACACCCACUCCACGGGUGCUCCUGUGUCGGUCUAAUAGUAUUGAUGGAAGUGUCAUUCCGGUGACGCCUGGGCCUGGAGAACAGACUGUUGAACCGCGGAUCAAUAUUGGGUCCAGGUUCCAGGCUGACAUUCCUGAGCUGCAGGACAGAUUGCUAAUGGAGAAAGACGUGCACAAGGCUACUUUGGUUUGGAAACCAUGGCCAGAACUGGAGAACAAAGUCUUCCAACAAAGAGUGGAAGACCUUUUAAAUAUGAGCUGUUCCAGUGUGUUACCUGGUGGAGGAACUAACUCAGAAUACGCUUUGCACUCUCUCUUUGAAGCAAAAGGAGAUAUUAUGGUUGCUCUUGAAAAGCUGCUAUUGCGAAAGCCAGUGAGACUGAAGUGUCACCCUUUGGCAAAUUACCACUAUGCCGGCUCUGACAAAUGGACGCAUCAAGAAAGGAGACUGUUCAAAGAGGCAUUGUCCACCUACAGCAAAGAUUUCAUAUUUGUACAGAAAAUGGUUAAGUCUAAGACAGUUGCACAAUGUGUGGAAUACUACUAUACCUGGAAGAAAAUCUUGCGUUUGGGACGGAAACACAGAACGCGUUUAGAGAAGAAAAGAGAUGAAUGUUUGACAAGUGGAGAAGAGGAAGUGUUAGAAGAAGAUGAGGAGAUCGAAGACGACAGAAAGGAAGAAAGGGAAAUGCAGAAGUCACCGGACCCACCAGCAAUCUCUCUUGUUGGACCCAUAGAUCUACCUGCCGUUCAGGGUCUUUCACUGUCUUCAUCCUCCUUCAUCUGUGAAAUGCCAAACUGUGGUGCUGUGUUCAGUUCCCGACAAGCGCUGAAUGGCCACGCGCGCAUUCACGGAGGUACGAACCAGGUGACGAAAACACGCUGCACCUUUUCCGGCACUAAGCAGAAAUCUGGUACGCAGAGCGGAUACUGCUCCAUCAAGAGCUCACCUGCCCACAGCACAACAAGCGGCGAGACCGACCCGACGACAAUUUUUCCUUGCAAGGAGUGUGGCAAGGUCUUCUUCAAAAUCAAAAGCCGCAAUGCUCAUAUGAAGACUCACAGACAACAAGAAGAACAGCAAAGGCAGAAGGCUCAGAAAGCUGCUGUGGCAGCAGAAAUGGCAGCCACUAUUGCAAGAACUACUGGGCCAGCUGGGCAUAGUUUGAUCCCCCUGGAUCACAUGAGUUUGGUUAAACACGUUGAAAAUGUUGGUGACAUUGACGAUGAUGUUGUUCCGGAUCUGGGUGAUGUCAUGGAAGAGAAUGAAGUCAUGGAUGCUGACCUUUUACUGGAUGAUGAAGAUCCAGAUCUACUGCAGGAUGAUGCUGAGUUGUAAAUAAAGUUGUUUGACAGACAGCUACUGAGCACACCCUGAAUGGAUCAAUCAGGAAACAUGGACUGCUUGUUUAUUCCCACUGAUUGUAAACUACCUGUUGAAAAUUAUAAUUCUUUUAUCCAGGUCUAGAAAAAAAAAAAAAAAUCUGCUUUUUUCCCUUUUUUUUUUUUUUAUUAAUUUGUGUUUUGGGGGAAGAAAUAAAUAAUUGGUACAAAUAUUCUUAUAA